UUGUAACCCUGCAAACCAAAAAGAAAAGUGUUUGCAGUUUGUUAGAUAGAUUUCAGAGCUAUACAAUCUAGGAAAGCCAUGACAUACCCAUCAGAAGAGAUGAGAAAGCCUAGCAGAGUGUUGAUAGCUGGAGGCACUGGAUACUUGGGAAAAAAUCUGGUAAAAGCUAGCUUAGCUCAAGGCCACCCCACCUUUGUUCUUGUCAGGCCCGAUUUUGUUUCAAACAUCCACAAAGCACAGCUCCUUAUUUCCUUCAAACAGGCUGGUGCACACCUUGUUGAGGGUUCAUUUGAUGAUCAUGAUAGCUUGAUAAAUGCUGUAAAAAAAGUGGAUGUUGUAAUAUCUACAAUGGCAGAAAACCAACUGCUUCAGCAGCUUAAAUUAGUCAGAGCUAUCAAGGAAGCUGGCACUAUUAAGCGUUUUCUUCCAUCAGAAUUUGGAAUGGAUCCAGCUAGAAUGGAACAUGCAAAGGAGCCUGCCAAUGUAAUAUUCCAGCAAAAGAUGGCAGUGAGGCAUGCAACUGAGGCAGCAGGAAUACCCUACACAUACAUCUCUGCAAAUUGUUUUGCAGGCUACUUUCUUGCAGGCCUUGCACAGUACAAUCAAUUUGUGCCUCCUCUGGACAAAGCAGUUAUCUAUGGAGAAGGCAAUCACAAAGUUAUCUGGGUAGAUGAAGGAGAUAUUGCUAAGUAUGCAAUUAAAACAAUUGAGGAUCCAAGGACAAUAAAUAAAACUAUUUAUAUAAGGCCACCCCUUAAUAUUUUAUCAUUGCGAGAAGUUGUUGGAAUGUGGGAAAAGCUCUGUGGAAGGGUUCUUGACAAGCCUACUAUACAUGAAGAAGAUUGGUUAAUCACAAUGCAACAAGAUAAAUCAAUGACUUUUGAAACAAGAGUGGCUAUGGCUAUCUUCUAUCAUAUAUUUUUCAAGGGAGAGCUCACAAACUUUGAUGUCGAUGGAAAGGAGCAAUUGGAAGCAACUCAACUAUAUCCUCAAGUUGAGUACACAUCCGUGGAACGCUAUUUGAGUCGUUUUGUUUGACCUAUUAAAUUGGUCUAAUUUUAAGAGAAAACUUCGACAAAACAAUAUGUUCAUAAUAAAUUUGUUGUUUAUGUGGGCUUAAAAAGUGUGGAUUGUUUAAAUUA